AUAAGAGUGUCUUGCCUGCACAGGUUGACAGACACAAGACUAGACAGUUACAAGCUGCAUCUGGAACACUGGAGAGUUGCCACUGUAGACUUCACCAUGCGGUUCAACAUGCUGUUCUUCAUGCUGGUCCUUUCUUAUCUCUGCUUUGCUUUGGCACAAGUGUCCUAUGAUGACUGCUGUUUGAAGUAUGUGAAGAAAAUGGGCCACAGCACUCAAAAGCAUGCAGUGAGGUACAGAGUGCAGAAGAUAGAUGGAGGCUGUAACAUCCCUGCUAUAAUCUUCACCAUGAGGAGGGGGCGCAUGUUUUGCACAGACCCCAGAGAGAAAUGGGUUCAAGACCUGAUGAAGAGGAUUGACAAAAGGGAACCCAGAAAUGACAACGGGAAGCUCCCCAGGAAGUACCAUCCACGGCAUUCGAACAGGGGCUGAGAUGACUACCUGCUGUAAUUGUUCAUCAUUCUGCCCUCUGCCGUCUUAUUAUUAAGCAACAAGUGGUUUUAUGGCAGUUUUAUGGUGGCUUACUGGAAGCUAAGUGAGGAGGCUGGCCAAGGAUAUCUUGUAGCAUUACUUUUGCUUUCACUCUGCACAACUUAAAGGUCAAAAGCUUGUGUAGAGUUGCAGCAGCACUUCUUCUGAGUUGGACUCUUGGAUCCAAUUGGUCACCACAUAAUACACAAUCUUUAAAUGCAUGGCUGCUUCAGUGAAAACAUUUGUGACUGUUUUCUUGCCUUUUCAGACAUCAGAUACUAAUAAGCUGUUUAAUGAUUGAAGUAGUGAUGGAGUGUAAUUAUAUGUAACAUUUAGAGUAACUAUUUACUCCAUAAUGUGUGCAGUAAAAUACUAUAAAAUGUUUGCAUGAACACACCAGGUGUUGAAUGUAAAUGCCUUUCUCAAAUGAGUGUCAUAGAGAAAGAAAAGCUGUCAAAAACUUUGUUCAUUUAUUUUGUGUACAGGUUUUAUUAUAGUAAAUAUGCUCCAAUAAAAGCUAUACUUUCCUACCA